CUUCACUGUUCCUCCUUCAGAGGAGUUUCUGUUACUAAGCAACCAACUGCAGAGGAGACCAUCUACUUCCUGUUUACACCACAUGACCAGUGUACGUGAACGGUCAUGUGACGUGUGUUUUCAGGUGGUCAGAGAUUAUUUCUGUUACGGAGCUAAAACUAGGAUGGAGAACCUUUUAUUUAAACAAAAUGUAUUAGUAUGGAUGCAGCCCUCGAGCUUGUUAGGAUACAUUGGAUCAAAGCACUUAUGGGAUUUUAAACAGUUUCUUCAGAUCAUAGUUCUGUGAAAUUCCCAGGUUAAUUAGUUAAAGGGCAGCCAGAAGAAUUCCCUUUGUCUUUCAUUGUAUUAUAGAAUUAAAAUGUUCUCCCUCUGAGAUAGUCAUGAAGAAAUCAAGAAACCAAGACAUGGGCCACUUUUAAUCUGCUGCUCCUUGUUUGUACAUUAGGAUUGUCUGAAUAUGGAAUGUUUCUUUUUUGCCAUAUGCUAGAAUUCUUUACAAGUCGUAGGCAAUAGAUUCAUAAUUAGAAAUGAUUGCUUGACUCUGACUUUGAUUGUUUGAAUGGGUUGAUUGACAAGCACCAUUGUCUAUCUUUGCUUGCUUUGAGUGUUAUUAUAUUUUUCCUUAGAAAUCUGUCACAAGGAAGAAGGGGAAAAAAAAUCUAUAAAUCUAUCCUAUAUAUUUGUGAGAUUUCAUUUAAAAAUAUCAUGUAAAAUGUAAAAGUAAUCUGCAUAUUUGGAAUCAGCAACAGUGUUACACACUCAUUUCUGCUCGCUGGGGGAGAGAGAACCCCCCCCCCCAUGACUCUAGAAUGCAUUAAGAAUUGUGCUGUUGCCUGCUUGUACAAUUCCACAUGGUCCGUCAUCAGCCAUAAAAAAAGUCCCUCAGUGUUCUAGAAGCAUGCCUUUACGUGACUGUCGACAUCAGACAUACCCGAUUUUAACCAUCAGCUCCCAUUUUACAAACAGCUCACCUUCACCUAAGCCGAUUUACAGUAAUGUUAACUACAGUAAAGGACGAUUGCAAAGCAUUUACUCGUUACUUUUGGAAAAUGCUACAUCGUAAUAGUGCAAAGCAUUUAUGUCAAUUAUUGAAUCUUCAAGAAAAGCAUUUAAGUUACUCACAGCUCGACAGUUUGACCGACAACACUGAAAAUACUGGAAAAACUGACGAAAAGUGAAAAGUGACGAACGUCUUUGUUGAACUAACAGAUGCUCGUGGCAGAGGAACACCUUGUGGUCAAUUGUUUACAGGAUGAUGUCUUUAUUGAAGCAGUAAAUAAGACAAAAAGAAUAAUCAAUAAUGUGAAUACACUUUGUUCACAGAGGCAUUUGUAUUGAUUUGUUUAUUGUUCGUCUUAUUAGGUAUUUGAAUCUUUCUAUCUUGCCAUCUGAUUGUGUUUCACCAUGUGCAUUGAAGUUCUUAAGUGCCCAUUGUAUCUUUUGCUUUUAUACAUAUUUAAUCUGUUAUGUUGAAUCAUAUAUGAUUGUUGGCAUUUGCUCCUUUUUUGUUGUUGUUUGUGGACAAAUCAGUGUUAAAAGUUUUACUUCUAUUUUUUGUCAAAAGGAAGUUGUCAUGUUGCGGAGGGAAAGCACUCCAGCUAUCCAGUUAGAAAAAGCAGCUCGUUAGCAUAGCAUUUCUUAUCAAACCCAUUGGACUUUCUUAGCACAAAGCUAAUAAGUUGCGGUGGCUAAAAAUACAUUUCAUUGACCAAAUUUGAAAACACAGAGCUACUGUUAUUGCUGAUGAGGUCACGAGGUUCAUUUUCUAAGAAAGUAUGCAGCUAGAUACAAGCUAACGUGUAAUGCUGAAUGCUAACAAGGCUCGUACCUAGUGUCUCAGCUAACUUAAACAAAAUGGCUUAGAAACUGUGACAUGUGCAUAUUUAACAAUUGUCAUUACAUUGAAUAACUUUAUUUGAGGGGACAAAGUCUUUUUUUGCUCAACAGGUUUUUGAGUUUCAAAAUCCGAGCAGGUUUUUUUUUUGCUGGAUAUUCAGCCGUAGAAGUAAAUGAAUGUUGUUUGAAAGUUCAUACGAUUGCCUUGAGUAAUUCGGAUCAUUAACAAAAAAGGAUCAAAUAAAUUGCUAAUUUGCAGAUUACUCGUCCAUUUGAGGGAACUUGUCACCCUAUUUAAAAUGUUCAAGAAACAAUCAAUACAACAAAACAUGCAAUUUAUCAUUAUAAGUGUUUAAGUGUGACUUAUGUGUGUCAUUGUCGGUUUGGACCAUGACAUGAAAAACAUUGUACGCCAGUUUUACUUUUCUCCUCAAAUGGAUGUGUAGUAUUUUAGAAAACAGCUCUUAAAGCAGCGUUCAGUCUGUUACAGCCUCACUUUGCCUGCUCUUCCUCUCUCUGUAUUUACUAUCUGUCAUGUCUGUUCACUGUUAUGGACGAUCUCUUCAAUAUUCACAAACACUCAACAUGGAAAUAAAAGCGUCACUUCCUUAACGAGAGCCCAUCAUUUGAGGUUUGUGGACGUUUGGCGUAUGAUUGUUCGUGUGUUGACAAGCUGCCCCCCCCCCCCACGCCACAUUCAAAUGGGAAUGAGUGAAGAAGACCAGGAUCAUUACUGGUUUUCCCACAUGCAAAAAAGGCAAAGUGGUGUUUAUUUUCCACACGUACACAAGAACCACUUAUAUCAUCAAGGUGUAUCUGGACAGGACACCUGUGUCUGACAGUGUGACGCAGGUUAGGGAAAUAAAUCACAAGGAAAUACGAUCCAUCAGGUUUGCCUCUUUUAUAUUUAAUACAUUACAACUACUCCUACUACUCUAAAUAUAGUAUGUGAAUAACUUUAUUCAGUAGUGAAACUGGUCUUAUUUACCAAAGAUUGAGUCGUGUGUUAGUGUUGAGUUGUUGUGUUAGAAGUGUGAUUGCAGAUGUUCAUACCAUGAAGAUUACUGGAUUCUGUUCGCUGAUCAUUAUUUUCAUAUUAUUUAUUAUUAGUUAUAUCUAACAAAUGCGUUUGACCUAAUCUGCUGGAUUCAGUCUGAAGCUAUCACACUGAAUCAUUCAAGGUUAUUUAUGUAGUUACAUCAGAGACUGUAUAUAAAGAUCUACUUCCUCCCACUUUCCAGAAAUACCAAUAGUAGUAACAGUAAUAGUCAGUAACACAACUGCAGAUGUUCGAGACACAAAACAAUUUAACUUCACUGUCAAGAGAUUGAGAAAAUGUUCAUAUAAUAUAUUUGAACAUGAGCUACAACAUUGUAAAAUUAACUGUUUUUAGGUCGGCAGCGAAUCACAGUGUCAAAGCUCAUUUGAUGAUUUCAACAGAAACAAUAUGUGUUUUGGGAAAACUUCACCAGCAAACGCUAAUUCAACAAAAUAAUGAUUUCUGUAUUUUGCUAAUUUUGUAUUAUUCUCAUGAUUUGUGUAAACGUGUGUAAAAGUACGGCUUUCCUCUUUCUCCACACCUCCACGUCCCAGCCUCUUUUUCUUGUCUUCCUUCACAGGCCAUGACUGUCAUCUCUUCUCUCAAAGUUACCUUUGGUGCUGCUCCCGUCUCCUCCUCCAACUCCUCCAACUCCUCCCUACAUCCUCUCAACAUUUUUUGUCAAUUUGCCAACACAGGCAAUGUCACAUUCAUAUGCUUCACCUCCGCCAACAUCCUCCUCCUCCUCCCUCUCUACAUCCUGGUUCUCUACACGGGGGUCCAGCAAUGGAGGUGUCAGCGCUCCGUGCAGGGAGGAAGAUCAACAAGUCAAUCUGACCUCUUCACCUACAACAUGGUCGCGAUGGAGCUUGUUGGUCUCUUCGGAUUAUUCUUCUACAGUUAUGGAAUCUACGCAGACUCUAGUAAGAUGCUGAGGUUGGGGACUCUAGCAUUCUAUUUUGUCUUCCCUGGACAGAGCUUAUUUCACUGCCUUGUCUGUGUGGAGCACUACCUUGCUGUAGUCCACCCCAUCACCUACUUGCGCCUGAAGGAAACCAAGAUCAGAAUAAUUAGCAUUGGUUGUGUUUGGCUGCUGUGCUCACUCUGGAUUGCUGUAAGAGCCAUUUGCUGCCAUAGUGUUCCAACGGUCUUGUUUCUCUGCAUCCUGGGCUUUUCCAUAAUCUUGGUGUUAUUCUGCAAUCUUUCUGUUCUCCAUGUUCUGAUUCGCCCCAGGCCUGGGGAGGUGGGUGGAGGCAGGGAUGGGGUUGACCAAUCAAAGCAGAGAGCUUUCCGCAUCAUCAUGGCUAUAUUUGGAGCACUGUUGUCCAGAUUUGUUGGAUUUUUCAUGUCGUUCACCUUAGCAAAUAUGGUGUUCCUGCGUAGAGAUUUGUGUGUGUUGCUGAAUUCUGGAAUCUGGUUGACUCUGCCCGGCAGUCUGGUUCUGCCUCUGCUGUUUCUGCACAGGGCAGGGAAGUUAGCAUGUUGUAGGCAGAGCCGAUAAUAAGGUUAGCUAAGUUUAGGUUCGACAGAUGUUUUAUCGUAGUUUGAAGUAGUUGUUUUUGUCUCUACAGAUAUGACUUCUAUCUACUUCAAUGGGCAGAUUGUUAUUUAGAGGAUUUAUCUGAAUGUUUUAGGUUUUAGGCUGUUUUAGGAAUGUUUUAGGCCCUGUUGUACUAUGUAGUCCUUGUGGUGUUCUAUGUGGUUGCUAGGGUGUUUUAAGUGGUUGCUAGGUGGUUGCUAGGGUGUUAAAAGUGGUUGCUAGGUGGUUGCUAGGGUGUUAAAAGUGGGUGGUUUCCAUGUUGUUUACAUUCAAUUUGUUUGAAAAUCAAAGAACAGUCAUAUAAUUUAGUUUAAAGCUCAAUAAAUGUAUUUAAUAGUUCUGUAUCUUUAAACAUCCUGAUAGAGCCAACACA